AUGCCACCCCUCUGCGGCUUUGGCGGCUCGAGCGACGAGCCACAACGUCAUCGGAAUCAGGAAGCACCGGCGCAAGAGGCACAAAGGACCGGCAAACCCGUUGAGUCUCGUCGUCAUUCGGCACGCUUCAGGUCAUGCUUGAGCUGACACCUGACUUCUCUACCCCGCGUCACACCUGUAUACCACAGCUCUCCAGAAAGGUGGGUCCCUCUUCUCAGCUCGAGAUCAACUUUCGCAAGAGGUUCCAUUUCGGCGAGUGACCGCAAGCUCACGUAUUCGUCUACCGCUCCUUACAGGUGGUCGUGAUUGGAGAUGGUGCAUGUGGAAAGGUAUGAGCCAUCUCGGGAUCGCUAUUGGCUUUCGUACCGCCACACUGCAGGAGCUGACGCGCCUCAAUAACUCGUUCAACGUUGGCCUCACUUUCCAUUUCUGUCCCAAUAGACUGUCAGUACCGAAUCGCUUUCGUGUUUCAAUCAUCUUGACCUCUCGGAUAAGAUGUACUGACCGCUAGAGGCGCUCCUCUCGUUCGCAGUCGCUUCUGAACGUCUUUGUCCACGGUCAUUUCCCCGAGGUCAGCUCGAUUUCUUGGCGCAUCGCCUAGCCGCCCAAAUCCCCAUCACUAACGAGGCGUACAAUGAUCACCUUGUUACCUUAUAGAGAUACGAGCCAACCGUCUUCGAGAACCACGUCAAAGGUGAGUCGGUUGGUCCUCCCUCGAGAGUCCCGAAAACCUUGAUUGACCGGCUGACCCCGCUCGCCAUCGUCCUCUUCACCAGACAUGACGAUCGAGAAUGUACCGGUCGAGUUGGCGCUUUGGGAUACAGCAGGGCAGGAGGACUUUGAUCGAUUGCGGUCGUUGUCGUAUGCCGACUCGCACGUUAUUUGCAUUUGCUUCUCCGUCGAUCAGCCGACGUCACUCGAGAAUGGUAAGUCAGUGUACCGCUUACGUUUGGGCGGCUGAUCUCAAGUAUGCUGAUCACGAUGUUCCAAUGAGUAGUGGUGACCAAAUGGAUCGAAGAGGUGCACGAGCUCUGUCCCGGCGUCAAGGUCUGCCUCGUCGCACUCAAAUGUGAUCUUCGAGACGAUCCUGCAACCAAGGCAUCUCUCGCGCGGUAUCAAGAAUACCCUGUACAAUACGAACAGGUGAGGAAGAGGAGUUUAGGAUGAAGCUGUGCGGAGACUAAUGCAUGAGUUAUCGGCGUCCAUCAGGGUCUGGAAGUGGCCAAGUCGAUUCGGGCUUCGAGGUAUCUCGAGUGUUCGGCGAGGUUCGAUCGUGGCGUCAGGGAAGCGUUCGAAGAGGCCAGUCAAUACCAAGUUGAACUCUUCACCUGAUCUUAGGCUGAUGCUUUCGCCUCAUGUUAUUUAGGCGGCUCGAGUUGCGAUCCAUGCGAGGCGGCGAGGUGAAACGAGAGGCAGUGGACCGGGAGAAGACGGCGACCUUGAUGGCCAGAGAUCGUCGAGCUGCGUUGUCUCAUGA